AUGGGUGUCAGCUUCAAAUAUUGGGAUAACUGUGUUGAUCUUGAGGACAUGGAAGCAAUGUGGAAACGACCUGAAAUGAGAACAUAGUGGAUAGAUGCUGGGGAGACUGAAGGACAAAGAGUUCACCUAUCAAGGGAUCCUGAUGGACAGCCUUAUUUGACACAAAUAGAGAUGAGGGCUGUGGCUGAAAUCAUUACUCGCAGAUAUUUUGAUUCACAGAUAGAGCCAGAAAUGAUUUGUGGUAUUGCUGAACUUGAAAGUGACAGACAGCCUCUUGCCAUGCGAUGUGAUAAGAAAAAUAAGCUGACUACAACAGGAAUCAUGCAGAUUGCACCACAAACAGCAGAGUGGAUGGUCAGGGAAAGUGAUCAUUCAUUAUGCCCAGUCGAAAAGGACCCGGAUAUUCUAUACAGGCCUUUUGUAAGUGUAUAUUUCGGAGCAACUUACCUUAAAUGGUUAUCAAACUUUGAUAACAAAGUUAGAACUGAAGAGUUUAUUGUCAGGGCUUAUAAGGGUGGUACAAAGAAAGCAAGUCAUAAAUCAACCCUGCCAUAUUGGAAGCAUUAUCUUUCCAUGAAAGAAAGUUUUCCAUCCAGGUUUUUAUACUCCCUCAUGAAAGUUUGGCAUUUGAGUAUCAAAAUUUAUUUCUUUAUGGUUUUUGGCUUUUGCUUUUUCAUCUUUUCGGUUUAUCUGAUUGAUAUUAAAAAUAUUAUCAUGUUCUAUGGUGAAGCUCACUUGGAAUUAGUAUAUAGUGAUCAUAUAGAUUUUCUUUAUCUGCACUGUAGAAGUCUGGUCUUCAUGCCCUUUUUUGGACUUGAUCAACUAUCAAUGAGCAUAUGUUGUUUAGCUUCUGAAGAGCAUAUAAACUUUGUCCAGAUUGAAGCUGUGCUACCUUUUGAAGCAGAUUUCAACCAAAAACAUUUUGAUGGUCCUUCACAUACUCAAGCACCAACUUCAACCACUUCUCCAACUUCCCCGGUUUCACCAAGCUCAGGUGUUGACCUAUAUUGGAAGUCCAGAGUUUCCUCUGAAGACAUGGAACAGAUGUGGAAUCAUCCUGAUGUCUCCAAGCAGUGGACUAAAUCUAAUGAAAGUAGUGGCAAAGUGCGCUUUUCCCUUGAUAGUGAGAAAAAACCAUAUCUUUCUCGAGUAGAACUAAAGGCAAUGGCAGAAAUAAUUGUUUCCAAGUACUUCAGCACAAGGGGAGUAAAACAAUCAGUACUUUGUGCUCUAGCCGAGUUUGUUAGCAUGCGCUUUGUAGAUGGGAGUGAAGCACGAGGUGGAAUAAUGGGAAUUGACUACUCUACAGCUUUCUGGCUUUACACAGAGGUGGGCUAUAGGGCUUAUCGAGUUGAUUAUGUAGAAGAUCUGACAAACCCAUUUGUGUCCAUGUAUUUUGGUGCGGCAUAUUUAGCUUGGUUAUCAGAGUAUGAAGGGAGGUAUGUAUGUGGCUUCUUUGACUAUGAAAACAGGGAAAGGAAUCCAAAAAAUGUAAAUCUUCAAGAGACAUGUCCAAUGUGGCUUAAAUUUGAGCAAAUUUUGAGCAGUUAUGAAAUCUGUAAAAGAAUGAAGGGAGCUGCACCAUCAUGUAACCUGACAGAUAUCAUCAUCCAACUUUUAUAUGGUUCUCCCGUUGAAGUUGCGUUUUGA